AAAAAUUGUGAAUUGUGAAGAAACGAGCUAGGCUAGCGCGGGUGCGUGCGGUGCGGUGUAUUUACGGGCCGGAGUGGCAAGUCCCCACGUUGCCACAAACUUCUCUUAUCGUUAAUUAGUCGGUCAUAUAUAGUUCGACUUGUUAUUCGCAUUACGCAUAUCGCGGGUGACGGUCGACGGGUCAUUUCUGUCCCGAGCUGAUGCCAUCAACUGCAUCGCAAGAACAAUUAGUGAACAAGUUAGACAACCUUGUUUUGCCAUUAACCACAAGAAUGCCGAACAUCAAAGUGUUCAGCGGAAGCUCGCACCCUGAUCUGGCGCAGAAGAUCGUCGAUCGACUGGGAAUCGACUUGGGGAAAGUGGUAACCAAAAAAUUUAGCAACAUGGAAACAUGUGUGGAGAUCGGAGAGUCGGUGCGAGGCGAAGAUGUUUAUAUCGUGCAGAGCGGCAGCGGAGAGAUCAAUGACAAUCUAAUGGAACUCCUAAUUAUGAUCAAUGCAUGCAAAAUAGCUUCGGCGUCCCGCGUAACUGCCGUCAUCCCGUGCUUCCCGUACGCGCGACAGGACAAGAAAGACAAAAGCCGAGCGCCGAUCACUGCCAAGCUCGUCGCCAACAUCCUGUCCGUGUCCGGCGCCGACCACAUAAUCACCAUGGACCUUCACGCGUCUCAAAUCCAGGGAUUCUUUGACAUACCUGUAGAUAACCUCUUUGCUGAGCCCGCUGUUUUGAAGUGGAUAAAAGAAAACAUUCCUGACUGGAAGACCAGUAUUGUGGUGUCGCCUGAUGCUGGAGGUGCCAAGAGGGUCACUUCGAUUGCUGAUCGGCUCAAUGUUGAGUUCGCUUUGAUCCACAAAGAGAGGAAGAAGGCUAAUGAAGUGGCUUCCAUGGUGCUUGUUGGUGACGUUAAGGACCGCACAGCCAUCCUGGUCGACGACAUGGCUGACACUUGUGGAACUGUCUGCCACGCUGCUGAAAAACUGAUAGAAGCAGGCGCUAUUAAAGUUUAUGCCAUACUUACACAUGGUAUCUUCUCAGGCCCCGCUAUUUCAAGGAUCAACAAUGCCUGUUUAGAGGCCGUGGUUGUCACAAACACCAUCCCUCAGGACCGACAUAUGCAGGACUGUCCCAAGAUCCAGUGCAUUGAUGUGUCCAUGAUGCUGGCGGAGGCGGUCCGGCGUACACACAACGGGGAAUCAGUGUCGUACCUAUUCUCAAAUGUUCCAUAUUAGAUUAAUUUGCUUUUGUUUUAGUUUUAAGGACCUCCAACAUGUUUUGAAAUAUAAUAUGUAAUGCUUACAUAUAUAUUGUUUAUCUCGUGAUAGUUAAACCUUUGAUAGCCUCAGUUGGUAGCAUAUUUUCAUGGAUACGGCUGAUGUAAGAUUUGUUGUCACACUAAAUGUUUCUGUAAUGGAAAUGUGCAGUUAUCUUACUAACUGCGGAGGUCAAAGGUCAAUGUUUGAGGUCAUUUAGUGUUUAGCUGUAAUCUCACUAAGUUUAAAUAGGACCUUCCAGUUUUGUUACAGUAGUACAAACAGCCACUCUCCUAACUGUACAUCGGUGGACCUUAUUACAAAAUACAUAAGGUCAUGUACAGUUAACAGGGUGGGUGAUUGUAUACUGUUUAUUGUGAACUAUCUCAGUGAUUUGUUUAUAUUCUUUCCAAUGUGUUUUUAUUAAAUUUGUUAUGCAUUUAAAAACAUUUUCUGCGAAGUAUAACUUUGUUACUGGUUAAACUUAAAGAUCAAGCAUGGUAAUAUUUUUUUAUUAUACAUCAUAAAAGCCAUCUAUUUGGCCUAGCCAUCAUAGGUUUCAGCUUCCAGCACUUUGAGAAGUCUAUACCUGCAUUUACAUUCAUAAAAGUAUUCAACAUAACAUAAUUCAUUGUUUUUAUAUUGGGUAGUUAAUGUUUAAAGACAAUUUAGUUUAUAAUAGCGUAGUUUUAACACAUUUUGAUAAGCUGUUUCAUACAAUUUUACAGGUUUUUAUUUGUUAUCUUAUAUUUUGUCGUAAAACAUUGUUAGGAUAUAUCAAAGUCAAAAUGGAUAUGUAUAAAUUGGCCUUAAAUUUGUGAUUUAGUUUCCUUCAUAGAUGGGGAAAUUUUCUUUUAAAAUUGGAUGUAAUUAUAUUCUUGUUAUUCGUUAGAGUUCAGAAGCAUAAAGUGGUAUAACUAAUUUAAUUGGCUUUGAAAUGGCUAUAAAUGUGUAGUGGGUAUUAAAUUGUGAUGAGAGAUUUUCUAAAUUUAUAGGAUAUUAAUGUAUAUUUGAACUAUAUAACAUCAAAUCGCUAAGUAAUUUUAAGAUAUUAUAAAAUAAAAAUACUUUAUCAAA